AGCAGUGGCUACUGAAGCUGAAAAAGAGGCGGACAGCUAGUCCGCACAAUGAGAAAUAGCACUCCUCAAGUGUAGGUUUUUACCCUUAGAAGACAGCUGUUUAAAAAAAAAUAAUAAAUCAUACAGGCGGGCACUCGGCCGACAUUACAGCCUGUCUUUCGGUGUAUUGUGUAGCCGCGAGUGAUCAGAUAAAACCCAAAGAGCGAGGAUGUUGGUCCCCGCGGGAAGAUAAUGAAGAGGCUGCGCGUUUUGUUGGUGUGCCUCAUUGUAGCUCUCCUGUGCUGGUACCCCAGUCAACAUGUGUAUUGUUCAGAGCAGAGCUUGUCUGGCCCAGGUCGGUCUGCCCUGGACAAAGACCCUGACAGCCACGAGCAGGAGCAGGACUCCAUGCAAAACAAGGUGGUGGAAGAAUGGACGGCACAUACAUCAUAUGACAUGGGAUUAGAGACGGAAAGAGCAGCGCUAGAAAAGCUAGCACAACAGAACAUACACCACGAACAGACUGUGAAUCCACAGGAACCUGAGGUGGAAGAGAGAAAGUCAGACCCAGAGUCAGAUACUGUACCUGUUGUUCCUGAGCCAGAACCUACCACAGACCCCCAGACUGACUUGGACCUGCAGACUCACACCAAGGACCAUGAGCAGGAUGCUCCAGUCCCCUCGACUCCAGAACCAGUUCCAGCACAGGGCCAAGUGUCCACAGAUGCCCCAACCCUAGCAGAGACCUCCAGUGACGCCCAUGCUGCAAAUCCCAGCCUGGACUCAAACCCAGCCACAUCCCCAGAUGAAGCUGAAAACUCACCUACCUCACAGAGUGCUGCCGCCACCCACACAGGUGCAGUGUGGGUUGCCAGUGCAGGAGAUGAACUCCCAGUAGACAGCUUUGUCUAUGCUGAGCACUCUGAUUCACAGUGCGGGGUCAUUCCCCCCAAACUGGCAACCUGUGAAAACUCCCCUUUUGGCAGUCCUCUCUCCAGUGCGGAUGAGGCCGUCAUAGAGGACCAGCGGUCAGACCAGAAGCACAGUUCUGGUCCUGAACCAGAUGUUCGGCCCACUCCAGGCCUGGUGGACCAGGAACAACAACAACAACAGCAGCAACAGCGGCGGCAGGAGUUCGAGGAUGGCCUAUCUAAUUUGGACCGGGAGGGCAACACCUCCCACCGCCAUCAAGACCAGCAGACUGCAGAUCCCAACAUUGUCAAUGAUCCCUCAGUACCCCAUGAAAAAGAGAUCCCCACUUUUGACGAGUGGAAGAAGCAAGUCUUGGAGGUGGAGAAGGAGAAAAGUCAGUCUCUCCAUACCUCAACCACCGGCACCCCUCAUCCAGUGAAAAAGGUCCAGAAAAACUUCAAGAAUAACUACGCUUCUGUGGAGUGUGGUGCCAAGAUACUCUCUGCCAACACUGAGGCCAAGAGCACUUCAGCUAUUCUCAUGGAGAAUAUGGACCUAUACAUGCUAAAUCCGUGCAGCAACAAAAUCUGGUUUGUGAUAGAGCUCUGUGAGCCCAUUCAAGUCAAGCAGCUGGACAUUGCCAACUUUGAGCUCUUCUCAUCAACACCUAAAGACUUUCUAGUCUCCAUCAGUGACAGGUAUCCCACCAACAAGUGGGUAAAGUUGGGUACUUUCCAUGCCCGUGAUGAGCGGAUAGUCCAGAGUUUUCCACUGGAUGAACAGCUUUACGCUAAAUAUGUCAAGAUGUUCAUCAAGUACAUAAAGGUUGAACUCCUCUCUCACUUUGGAUCAGAACACUUCUGUCCCCUCAGUCUAAUCAGGGUGUUUGGCACCAGCAUGGUAGAGGAGUAUGAUGAGAUAGCAGAUUCCCAGUACCCUUCAGAGAGACUAGAGUACUUGGAUGAAGACUAUGACUAUCCUCCUGGCUACCAACCAUCAGAGGACAAGGCUUCUAAAAACCUGCUUGGUUCAGCAACCAAUGCCAUCCUAAACAUGGUAAACAACAUUGCUGCUAAUGUGCUCGGCGGAAAGCCAGAGCUGGAGGGUGGAGCAGAAUCAGGAGGUAACACAACAGCAGAGGGGACUGAAAAGAAGGGGAGCACAGACGCUGCAGCUAAACCAACUGAAGCCACUCACGACUCUGCAGUACUGGAGCCUGCAAAGCUAGAACAAGCUGUGACUGAGGAGGACACACAUGUCUCCGGUGACUCUUCCACAUCUUCCCCCUCAUCAUUUGAAUCCGAGGAGGGCAGACAGAUUGUCACUCUGGUCGAGGAGGAGGAGGACGAAGAGCCCAGACAGUCGACUGUCACUCUGAUGGAGGGAGAGGAGGAAGAAGAGAAGAGAGAGGAGGAGACGAGGAAGGAGGCAGACAGGAACCAGUGGGAAAGCCAGACAUACUGUCCUUUCUCCUCCUUCUCCUCCCUGUCUCUGUCCUGCAUGGCCACCCUGCCUGAGCUGCUCCAUCGCUGGUGCUCCGCCCGGCUGGCCAAGGAGAGACUGCGCAGCCUUAAGAGGAGGCAUCUUAGCUCUCAGACACAGACUCACCCUGUUGUGAACACCCCUAUCCUCACACACACACCCCCACAGAUCCCUGUUCCUUCCCCAACACCUCCACAAGAAGCUCUUCCUCUCACAGAAAAAGCUCCAGAACCUGAGGCGCCUGUUAAAGGCCAAAAUGAGGGGAAACCUCUAGGUGAGGUACACAUCACUGAUACAAAUCUUAACAUUCACACACCUGAUGCACACACUCCAGAGCUCAGCAUCCUCCUUGAGCCUAGCAGAACCUCCACCAUCCCUCCUCACAGUUUCUCAGACAUCCAAAGCUCCCUGACACGACCUACCCCGACCCAUGAGGAGAUGCUGUUACCUCCAUUUAAAGAUGGAGCCCUGGACCCUCUCCUGACUCCUCCCCUCCAAGCUGGCUCCAUCCCAGAGACGCAGCAGGCCAGCAGUGCCACCCCGACUCUUUCUGUCAGCACUCCCCCACAGCCUCUGUCUUCUGAGACGGCCUCUCCUGGUGUUGUGGUUCCCUCUGUUAAAGAGCAGCCUGUUCAGCCUCUUCCCACUGCAACAAGGCCUGAAGACCUCAUCCCCCCUCCCACUGAACUGCCAACAGCUGUCCCACCGACUGACACUCAGACAGACACAGUUAAGUCGGGCACAGACAGCGGGGACUCUCAGAGACAAAGUGUUCAGGCUUCUCAGAUCCAUGGGGAGCAGGGGGACUCUCUCUCUCAGACAGUAGAGCCCCAUCGGGUGGAUGACACAGUGGAAGAGUUCCUGUUAAGCACUAAUGGGAACGGCAACAUCCACCGGACAGCAACAGACUUCUAUGCAGAGCUGCAGAACGGUGGCGAUUAUAACGGUGGAGCAGUGAAUGGGAACAGCGUCUUAUUGAAUGGAGGAGCUGUUCACGGAUCCAGCCAGAAGGAGAGUGUGUUCAUGAGGCUGAACAACAGGAUCAAAGCUCUGGAGAUGAACAUGAGUCUGUCCAGCAGAUACCUGGAGGAGCUCAGCCAGAGGUACCGUAGACAGAUGGAAGAGAUGCAGAAAGCGUUCAAUAAGACCAUCAUCAAACUGCAGAACACCUCCCGCAUGGCUGAGGAGCAGGAUCAGAAACAGACUGAUUCCAUCCAGAUCCUGCAGAGCCAGCUGGAGAACGUCACUAAACUGAUGCUCAAUCUCACAGCUACAGUCAGCCAGCUGCAGAGAGAGGUAUCCGACCGUCAGAGCUACCUGGUGGUGUCUCUGGUUCUGUGUCUGUCUCUGGGGCUCCUGCUGUGUUUGCAGUGCUGUCGCAGCUCGUCUCCCAGCCCCAGCACCAAUACUGCUGCUCUUCCCAAGAGCAACCACUACCCUAGCCCCAAGAGAUGUUUCUCCUCCUAUGAUGAUAUGAGCCUAAAGCGCAGGGUGACCUGCCCACUUGUUCGCUCCAAGUCAUUCCACCUGUCUUCAACAGAAGUAGGUCCAGAUGACUUGUACAUUGUAGAACCUCUAAGGUUUUCUCCAGAGAAAAAGCAGAAAAAACGCUGCAAGACAAAGUCUUUGGACAAAGUUGAGACUCUCAAGGCGUUCGAUCCCUCUGCUCCCAUCGCAAACGGGGAUCCCAAGUGUAACGGCUUCCACCCUUGCCUCCCAGCGCCUCCUCCCCCUCCCCUUCCCCUGCCUCCGCCUCCCCCUCCACCUCCCUCCUUGCUGCCUCCCCCUCCAUCCACAGAGGAGGCGCCGUCAUUGCCCGCUUGCAUCUCCAAGGAGAUCGCCCCGGAGACCACCAGCUGCAGCUCAUCCACCCACUCUGAGGAGUCCUACACGAGCCGCCUCCCUCCUCCCUCCCCCAUAUUCCCCUCCUCCAGCAUGUGCAACGGCCACGGCCUCUCCUUCCCCCUCAGCCAGCCUCCCGUCAAGGCCCGCCAGGAGAAGCGCUCGACGAAGCGGCGGAAGUCUCGACAGACGGAGCUGCAGUUCCCCCACAUGCCGGGCGGCAGCGUCGGCGCUCUGCCCAGCCUGCAGCAGCUUAUGAAGGGAAACAAGGAGAUGAGCGUCGGGACCAUCGGGGUGACAGCGGUCACCGGACAUGUCUGAAGACUCGCACUUCACCUUAACACAGCUUUCUGUUCACACACACUAUAACAGUAGCAGACUCGAGUGAGGAGAAGAGGUCUUAUCACAUCCCAAAGAACCACAUUUCCCAUGAGCACCCAGGCGCACCGUGUAACUGAAGUGGCUCUGGCAGCAGUAGCUCGACAUCAUCCAGUCCUCAUCCACUCCUGUCAAAGACCUGUUUACGGUUAUGUGCCUUUAUAUCUGUUCUAGACCUUUUAAUUCUUAAAAAAAACAAAAAAAAACCAUGAAAUUUAGAGAGUUGCACACAGAGAGACACAGUGGUGGGGAGCGAAACAUCAGUCAGAUCCAUCAACAUGUUUUUUCUACUGGAUAAGCACAUCGUCCCAUGACAGCUGAGCACCGGUGAAAUUAGUUUUUCCCACUUUGAGCACAGUGAGGAGAGGUGCCAGCCUCGACUCGACGUUCCUUCAAGAAGUAUUAGGCUGCUCUCUGGGAUGAAAUGUGAAAGAACUGCGGAGCAUGACAAACUGCUUCUCUUAUCCUUGUUUCUUUCUGUUUUCCUCUGCCAUCAUUUAAUCUAAUCCAUCCUGUCUUAGUCCUGAAAUGACUGCAGGUUUUUGUUUGGGACCAGAGUGUUAAACUUUCUCUGAUUCUCCUCCUCUGUCUCUGUCGGCGUGUUCCCAACCAACCAUUAGAGCUGAAUGAAGAAACUCAUUUUGCAUGGCGUGAAGUGGUCUGAAUGUGUUAGCCCUGUCAGUUUAGUGCCCCGUUUAACCUCAUAAUACAAAUGCAGCAGCAGCAGUCUGUGGAACCUAAGCAGGGAAUCAUUCUCCAGUUAUUUGGGCUGGGCCCAGAAAAACACUGCUUUCGCACCAGGUGAAGAGAAAUGAUGUUGUCACAACAGAUUUUGUAACUAUGAUGAAGGUAAACAAGCCAGAGGCAAACUGUGUUUUAUUGUUUCCACGACAUGUUAUUUCUUUCAUCCACAACUGAGCCAUGUUCCUCUUUUAUCAUUGAAGUUUGUUUGAAUUAUCCUCGCAACCUGUAUGUGGGAAGCUUUUUUUCCUUCUUGAGGGCACAAUAUACUGUAGGAACACUUUGACACAAACACACACCUCUACUGGGACCCUGCAGAUGAGUCUGACACACCAGUUUUAUUUAUCUAUUUAUUUAUUUAAAUGACUAGAGAGUUUUCUAACCAUGGCACUGGUUUGUCAGUCUCUUAAUCCUGCAGUGUCACAGUAGCUUAUCCAUGCAAGUAUGCUACAUAGAAAUAUUACUACGGUACGGAAACGGUCAUGGUGGAUGGCUCAACCGCAUACAUUAUCUUUUUCACAUUUUACAUUUUAUCUCAGGCUCUCACUUUAUAGCAGCUUCUUGUUGUGUUUACCUCGGCCUGAAAUAUCAGACUAGCGUGAAUAGAAGACUGUGUGUUUAUUAGGAUCAGCACACUGCUGCUUUUGUAUCUGUUCAGAGCUGCUGGCUAGUUGGAAGUAGUGCAAAGGGCUAAACUGUUUAUCGACCCGUCGUCUUCUGUGCGCUUGUUUCAGCAUCUUCGCUGGAUUUUAAUUCACCCUGUUCUGUUCUCAUGACUGACCUACAAUAACAAUCAGUUUAAAAGGUUGCAGGCAGUUGCAGUUGUGAAAGAGGGGUGUUCUUUUUCUGUGUGUGUGUUUUUAAAUGAUAAAAAUUUAAUUGUAUGCUUCUAUUUCUGACUGGCUCUGUGUGGUCGGUUUUAUACACAUUUUUGACAGAGACAGAACUUUGCUCUAGCGCUUCUCUCCCAUAAGAGCUUCAUUACCUCUUCUGACCAGCUUCUUCGUUGCUCUACAGAUCCAAAACUCUCUGACCCCACCCCUGCACGAUUUUCUGUCUUUUAAUAUGCCAGCUUUUAUUAACCACUCUACCACGUUCCUGUUACAGCUGAAAAUGCUUUCUCAUUCUCUGCAUCUAGCGAUCUGUCUGUGCAUCCUCACUCUCACCGUACACUCCCUCAUCUUUCAUUCACUUGUCAUUGCUCUCUGGCUUUGUGUGCUUGCCCCACCUUGAAACCUUGAAUGACGGUGGAGAGUAGGAAAUGAAUUGUUGCUGAAUAAAGGGAACGCAGGAAAGAUGAGUCUAAUUUGGAACACUAAAAAUGUGAUUAUAUAUGUUCCACAAGCCGAGCAAAUACUGUGUUUGUUUUUUUUUGUUUUUUUUGUUUUUUAACCUUUUUGAAUGUGUAUGAUAUGUUCGUGAGUGUUAACCUGUACGCAUGUGAGAUUUUGUUCUCUCCUCUGUGUGUGUGUGUGUCUGUGUUAUGAGAAAGACUACUUUGAAAAAUACUUACACCCAUAACACAGCAAAUGGGGAGAAAAGCACUUCUGGGAGCUCAGUGUGCACUUUGUGUGACUUCUCAUGCCUUUUUGUUUUUCUACCUUAUAUGUCAAGUGCUAUCUUUUGUUCUUCUUCUCUCUCCCUCUCUUUCUCUCUGUGAGUACUCUGAAGAGCUGCACAGUAUUUUUGAGCAGGAGUGAGUUACUACAAAAACUGUAGUGCCAUUAGAAACUGUGAAUUCUUUCUAAAUAAAACGUUUUUUUGUUGUC